GCCUCUGCACUCAUGCGUGCCACGUCCAGCCGGGUGCACGUCUGAUCCCCCCCAUGCUCACCAGUACAAAACAUAACACCAACCAUCUUCCAACUCACAAGGCUUUUACAACAGACUUUUUUUUCACUUCACUCUAACUGUGUUUGUGCUGUUCUUGAUCCAAACGUGAAUUUGUGCAGUGCAACAUCAAAGUGUGUUACAAACAUUGCAAGCAUCGAUUCGACAACAUCAGCUCCAGUCACAAAGGAAAGAGUGAAGUGUUUCGUCAAGUGAUUUUCAUCCGAGUUGAAGCAUUAACAGUGUCCUAUACAAGUUGUAGUGAAGCCAAUAGAGAAAAACAAUCAGCGGUUAUUCGAUAGUUGCCAGCUGUUCAAAACAUUUCUUUUCGAAGAAAUGAUUGUUCAAUCGGACAAGAUGAUGAGGGAACAAUCAGCUAAUAACAACAACAACAACAAUGGAAACAGUCGAGUUGCAGCAUCACCUCCGGUUGCCGUACCGGCUCCUGAUCAUCAACAGAACCCGUGUUUAACGACAUCAAAUGGGCUACUUUACCGACCAUCGGCAGCGGCCGCAGCAGCCGCUGCCGCCUUAUCCAUGGCCGGAGCGUUUCCUUUCGGGCCGUUUGGAACUUUAAACGGCCUCAGCGGAUUAGGCGGAUUACGAAUGUUGGCCAAUCAGUCAUCGAUGUCCUUCCAGGCAGGAAUGCUGGGCAUCGGUCGGCCUAAUUUGAGCUCAUUAUUGCCGUUCGGAAUUCAUCAUCCGUCGGGAACGGGUGCAGUCAACUCUAGGCCGUCGGCGUACAAUGUUUUCCCUUACGCCAGUCCGCCUCAGUUCCAGCAGCAACAACAGCAACAACAUCAGCAGCAACAGCAGCCGAUGGUGUUGCAGAAACAACAGCAACAUCAUCAGCAACAACUGCCAUCGCCGGCAUGCGGAAGCGCCGGCAGUGGUGUCACGGAACGCAGUGGUGAACGAGGAAGUAACGGCCUACUCCCGCACACUCCACCCACUUCACCGAGCCUCGAUGAAAAUACCGACCUCAACAAAACAGAUCCCGAUCUGGAUGAUCCGACGGGCAAACGUCGUCGCUCACGGACCAACUUCAGCACUUGGCAGUUGGAGGAGUUGGAAAGAGCGUUUCAGGCCAGUCACUACCCCGACGUCUUCAUGAGAGAGGCCCUUGCCAUGAGAUUGGAUCUCAAGGAAUCUCGAGUUGCUGUAUGGUUCCAAAACCGACGAGCCAAAUGGCGCAAGAAGGAGCAUACAAAGAAAGGCCCAGGCCGACCGGCUCACAAUGCCCACCCACAAACUUGUUCCGGCGAGCCGAUUCCGGCGGAAGAGCUGGAGCGGAAAGAGCGCGACCGCAAAGAGAAGAAACUGCUCAAGUCGCUGGAGAAGCAACAGAAGAAGCUGGCUCUUAAAGGCAUCCACGUUGACAUGGCCAGUCUUCGCGCCGAGUGGGAGACGCAGCACCGUAACAAACUGUCGGGCCAAUCUUCCGGCGGAAGCAAACACGGAAGCAAGUUCUAUUUGGGGGGUGGUGGUGGUUCGGGCAGCGCAACUCACGACGCUUCCAGCUGCAAUUUAAUGGCUGGAAUGGACGCCAGUAAUUCGUCCGGUGAUGAUUCGUCCAUGAGCUGCGACAGCGCUAACAACGUCGAUGUGGACGUCGUCGGAGACGUCGAUAUCGCCAACGAGGAUAACGCGCAGCAUUUCAACCAAUCGCUUCUCAAAUUGAACAUUUUUCAACAGCAGCAACAUAUAAAACAGUCCAUGUCUUCUUCAUCGUCGGAUGACAGGGUCAUCAGGCAUUUCCCAGUCGAGUUGCUUAACCCACCUGUCGUUAACGCCGCAGCGUCCUCGUCCCCGCAAGCAUCAGCCAAACCCAGCAGCAAUCAUUCCUUCAGUAUCGAGAGUCUCUUGUCUUCUAAUUGUCGCUAAAUUUUGUGUGUGUGUGUGUGUGUGUGUGUGUGUGUAUGCAUUUUUACGGCGCAUCGUUCUCUCCGUUGAUUGUUUCUUCUCCAUUUUUUUAUUUUGUUCAUGUUCAUUGUUUCUCCCUUUCAACUCGUCAAAUUGCAUUCCAACAUGAAAUAAAUUAUAUAUCAAUGUCUCAUACAUAUAUGGUGCAAUAAGUUGUAUAUUUAAAAAACCCAAAAUUUUUAAAUGUUUGUCUACACCUCACAAAUAAUUCCUUCCCUUUCCACCCUAUACUUUCAGGUCCAUCCCCCCUCCACAUCUCGUCCGUUAGCCCCCCUUUUCUAUCCAUCUCCGUUUAAAAUUUUUUUUUUUUGAAAUAUCAUCAUACAAAAAAAAAACAACCAAACAAUACACUCGCGUGCUGCCCGGACCAGUUUGAAUAUGCAAA